AUGAAGUUCGGCGUGCGGCUCAUGAAGGAGAUGGUGCAGGAGUGGAAGGACGAGUACGUCGACUAUUUCGGCCUCAAGCGGCGGCUCGACGCCGUCGUCGCCGAGACGCCGGCCGGCCGGCCCCGCGCGGACUCGCCGGAGCCGGGCGCCGACGAGGACGAGUCGCCCCUGCUCGUGGAGCUGCGGCCCCUGGAGACGGGCGACGACUUCGAGCGGGAGGUGGAGCUGCGGAGCCUCGGGCGGCAGCGCGUCGUCGGCCUCGCGACGUCGGCGUCGUUCCGCGCGUCCGCGGCCGCGCCCGGCGCGGCGCAGAAGGCCUUCUACGCGGCGCUCGACGCCGACGUGGCGCGCGUCGAGGCCUUCUACCUGCGCAUGCUCCAGGAUCUGGACGUCCGCGCGUCGCGCGUCGCCGCGCGCGGCGGCGGCUCCGGCGUCGCGGAGGAGCUCAUGCAGGUCCACCUGCUCUGCGCCCUCCUCUCGAGCUUCUGCGAGCUCAACGCGACGGCCGUGGCUAAGAUCGCGAAGAAGCACGACAAGCUGCUCGGCGUGGCCUGGAAGGGCGCGUACACGUCCGCGGCGGAGCGGUGCUCCUUCUGGCGGUCCGGGCCCGCGACCGUCGCCGCGCUGCGGAGCGAGGUCGAGGCGACCUACGCCCAGCUCUUCACGGAGGGCCACCUGUCGGCGGCGCGCGCGGCGCUGCGCGACGGCGCGGGCGACUACGCGCUCCGGCGGCCGUCGCGCGGCGCGGACACGUUCGUCGCGGGCGCCUUGGUCGGCGUCGCCGCGUGCGCGUCGGCGUCGCUGCUCGUCGCGCGGCAGCAUCUGGAGUCGCCCGUGGAGACGCUCGACGACGUCGGCUGGGCCUUUGUUCGGCUCGCUUCUUUGCCCGCGCUCCACGUUUUAGGGUUCGCGGUCGACAUCCUCGCGUGGCAGGAGACGUCCGUGAACUGGGUCAACGUCUUCGCCAUGCUGCCGGCGCGGGCCGCGGAGACCCUCGAGUGGCCGUUUUUGGCGCGGAUGACGUCGGGCGUGCUCGCGUCGGCGCUCGUCGCGCUGCUGGGCGUCGUGCUCAACGUGCGCCGCGCGUACCUCGCGGCUACCGUGUUGGUGCUCCUGGCGUCGGGCAGCCUGCUGAGCCGCCGGGGCCUGCGGUUCCUCGCGUCGGAGUGCCCCUACCUCACGCGGGUGCUGCGCGCGAACGCGGCCGCGCCCUGCGGCGGCUCCGUGGGCUUCGAGCACACCUUCGUGGCGGACCAGUUCUGCUCGCAGACGCGCGUGCUCGGGGAUCUGGGCCUGCUGGCCUGCGUCGCCGCGCGGGGCGGCGGGCGGGGCGCGGCCGCGGAGCACUUCGCGCGCUUCGGCCUCGCGGUCGCGCCCUACUGGGUCCGCUUCUGGCAGUGCGCGCGGCGGCGCUGCGGCCCGGAGAACCACGGACCGUCGCAGUACAACGCGGCCAAGUACUUCGUUUCGGUGAUGGCCAUGACGGCCGCUUUGACGUGCCACGGGCCCCGCCGCCCGCUCUUCGUCGUCGGCGCGACGUGCUCGACGCUCUUUUCCUACUACUGGGACCUCGUCCACGACUGGGGCGUCUUCGGCGGGCGGGGCGCGUGGCGGCUCCGGGAGCGGCGGAACGUGCCGCCGCGCUACCUCCGGGCCGCCUGCGUCUUGGACCUGGCGUUCCGCCUGCUGUGGGUCGCGAACACGGGCGUCGAGGCGUCGGGGACGCUGGCGUCGGGCACGCACGAGACCCUGUUCGCCGCGGCCUGUGCCGCGGCGGAGGUCGCGCGGCGCGUGGGGUGGAACGUGCUGCGCGUGGAGCACGCGCACCAGGACCACGUGUCGAAGCGGUCCAUACUGGCGUCGAAGAGCGCCGCGGCGGCGGAGCGCGCGCCCGCGGCGUCGUCGGACAGCGACACGGACGCGCGCGACUCGACGUCGUCCGAGUCCGUCCUCUCCGACGCCGGCGGCGAGCCCCCCCGGGGGCCGCGCGCGCGGUCCGCGGGCUCGGUCGCGUCGGCGGCGCCGGACGACCGGAACAAGAAGAAGCAGGCCAAGCCGAGCACGCCCGGGACGCCGCCGACCCCCAAGCCGCCGCCCGUCCACGCCAACUACAAGGCCGCCACGCGCUGCUUCAAGGAGCACGUCGCCGCGCUGCGGCGCUGGAUCGACACCGAGGACGAGGCCGCCGACGUGCUCAACAGCGUCGCGGCGUUCGCCGGCCGCGUGCCCGUGCUGGAGCGCUGCGUCUGGGACGAGCGCAAGCUCGGCGCCCUCCACUCGCUCAAGGACGGCCUCGCGAAGCAGCUCGCGGUCGACCACCGGCGCGAGACGCAGCGCCUCGCGUCGCACCUGCGGAACGCGACGCUCCCGGAGCUGAACCGCGCCGCGGACGACUGCCUCAAGGCCGUCGAGGACGGCUGCGCGCUCCUGGACCGCGACGGCUGGGACCCGGCGACGCCCGCGGGGUCGUGCCCGGCGUCGCCGCUCGAGCUUUUCACGUGGAUGCGGCAGCUCAACGAGAUGCUCUUCGACGAGCUCUGGCGCAAGGAGACGCUCCUGGACAACGCCCUGCGGGCGGUCUGGCACGAGGACGACGACGACGACGCCGCGACGACGACGCGGUCCGCCGCGCGGCUCUGGCCGCGGACGUCCCCGGAGUCGUUCAUCGACAACUACUUCCUCGACGUCGUCUUCACGAACCACGACUUCCUCAUCUAG